AAUAAGGUGAUGAGAUUAUUGUUAACACCACAAGUAAAAAAUGUUUUUAAUGGAUUUAUUAUGUAAAAUUAACUGUAACUGUUAAUUUUCAAUAGUAUAUUGAAGUAUAAGUAAAAUACAGUAAAUCUGUAAUGAUUGAAAAGAAAUUAGUUACAAAGAUGUUUCAAAGUCUAAUGAUACUUGUACAGACAGAAUCAUAGGUUAUCAAAGCAGAUAAAUUUGGUUUGUCAGCUCAACAAGAGACCUAAAUAAAAAUAACGAAAUUCUUGGACAUCUUCUCAUCAGGUCAACCCCAUUAUUUUUGGACUAUUGCAGUGAACACAUAAAUUUUAUCACAUAAUUAUAUAUGAUUCAUUCUUUUAAUUUUCAGUCAGCCACAUUGAAGCCUUAUCUAACUGCCAUAAGGCACACAUUGGAGGCAGCCAUGUGCCUGCAGAAUUUCAAUUCACAGAAUGUGGAAAGACAUAAUAAACCAGAAGUAGAAGUGAAGAGUAGUAAAGAGCUUCUUUUGACACCUGUAGUAAUAAGCAGAAAUAAACAAGAACGUGUUUUAAUAGAAGGUUCAAUCAACUCAUUGCGAAUUAGCAUAGGUGUUAAACAGAGUGAUAAAAUAGAAAAAGAUUUAUGUCAAAAAUUUUUUGGGAGAUUUAGUUUGAUGCGAGCAGAAAACUUUUUUGGGGCUGGGGAAAAAACCCCUGUAGGGGGUUAUGAUAUUAGUUUCCUUAUCACAAAUUUCCACACAGAGCAAAUGUUCAAGCACAAGUUAGUUGACUUCAUCAUACAUUUUAUGGAAGAAAUAGACAAAGAAAUCAAUGAAAUGAAACUAGCAGUUAAUUCACGAGCACGUCUCAGUGCAGAAGAAUCUUGA